AUGCACAAAAAAGUUCUCCUGGGCAGUCUUGUGGUCCUUGCUACCUUUAUGACUUCAUGCAAUACCCAGUGUUCCUUCAUACCAGGUACUGAACCUGGAAACAAUUUCCUUUAUGAAUGCCAGGAUAAUGAUGGAGUCAGACACCCAAUUCAAACGACCUGGCAGACUAAAAACUGUUUUGAGUGCUCCUGCAGUGACAAGGGAAUUCAGUGUUGCAACAAAGUUCCUGUACCUUCGGGUUAUGACAAAAUCAACUGCAAGAAAAUCUUCUAUAAGGAGAACUGCACGUAUAGCGUGGUGGAGCGAGAUGACCCAGAAAAGACUUGCAAUGUCCACAGCUGGGUAUUGUAG